AUGUUUUCCAACGUUCACUUCCAUCACAACCUGUCCAGAGUGUGUCUGUUCUUUGUCCUGGCCAUUAAUGCCAAGGCUUCCAACGAAACCAAUACCACAAAUCAGGAGACAGUCGGAUGGAGGGCGGGUCCAGGUACUCGGGGGACCCUCAAUCUGGUUUGGAGUUGCGCUAUUACCAUAUUUGCUUGCACUUGGACGGUUACGCACCUCAACUUACCUGGUCCCAAAGACACCACAUUUCAGAAACUCUGUCGUCGCGUAAAGUGGAUGGCGAUCAACAUCAUUUUCCCCGAGUUCAUCCUUUCAAAGGCCAUCUGCGAUCUUCGACAGGCUCUAGACGAACUGCGACAGUUCGGCGAGGUCCUACCCCAUAUCAGACAUCAGAUAACAUCGGUUGAACGCCUCGAAGUUCCCUAUAGCUUGACCGUCGACGAGCACCGUUUUUGGAAGGUUGAGUACCCGCCCUACUACAAAAUAAUCUAUCGGUCUCUUUACCUUAAGUUACCUUCGUUGAACUCGGCUACUACGGUAUCACAUGCCGCAACGACUGAGUCGGCGCCGGAGAAUGUUCUUAACGCAGAGACGAGACCAACGGGACAACAGGCAGAGACCAGACUUCCAAGUCGAGUCCACGAGGUCCCACAAUUAUGGACGAUUGUCCACUCCUACUAUGCCCAGAUGGGUGGGAUCUUGAUCCCUUGGGCAAAGGGCAGUUCAGGGUGGGCCUACAAAGUCCUCACUGCCACAAAGUUGACACCGGAGUAUGAGUGGGACAGCCGCCAAGGACACCCCCUAAAAUACUUGAUACUAGGUCGAGCGAGUAUACAAGACAAAAGUAAAGCAGAUUGGUUGGUUAAGAUUCUUGCUGUUACUCAAAUUCUAUUGCUUGUUCUUAAUGUAGUAGGCCGUGGAGUAGCAAAAUUACCAGUCACACAACUCGAGCUUGCUACGGUUGCGUUUGCUAUUAUGGCAAUUCUAACCUAUUGGGCCAGCUGGUGGAAGCCAAAAGACAUCUCAGUACCAACUCAUAUUCGAUAUGGACCUUAUGGGGAGUGGGUGUCUACGCCCAAGAUGCGGCAGCUUUCGCUCUGGUUUCGCUCACCUACCAAGGCAGCAGAUAUCAAAAAGCGCCGAGAUUUACACGAAGGAAAUCGCAUUCCUAAUGACGCUACUUGGAUAGGAUCCAGAUCCUCUUCGAUGGCGAUCUUCCUAGCGACCUCAUCCCUCGUCUUUGGCGGCGUUCACUGCCUUGCUUGGAAUUUCGAGUUUCCAUCUGAAACCGAGCUCAUGGCUUGGAGGAUCGGAUGUAUUAUCACUGCAACGUUGCCUACAGUCACCCUCGGUAUCAGCUUUUUACUGAGCCAUCUUUCGGUCAAAAAGUUCCCUACACAACGGCAGAGGAUCAUUAUUGAGGAGCUCGAUAAGUUACCUGUCAUGUCUCAAGACUGGUGGAACCGCCUCCUGGGCCUUCAGGAGCAAUUCCGGGACUUGAACUCAACAACAGUUUACGAACCUAUGGUCUCGAAUGUAGACGAAUCAAAUGACUGGAAUCAUCGUGUUACGGAAAAUUUUGAGGGGAGUGCGUUGGAAAGAUCCUGGAAAGACCGGAACAUCGGAGUCUGUCGUGACUUGGUAGCCUUUCGGAAUCAAUGGACGAAGGCCCUCGAGCAUACCAAGCUCGAAGCUGACGAUGUAGAAGAUUGGUACAACACGGGUAUGUUACUCAGGCAUUGUUGGAGGAUAUUGUCGGGGCCAAACUUCCACAAAUUUUGGCGGCGGCUCGAAACAUGUGAUGGCAAGUCGCCGGACUGCCCCACUCCCGGUCUCCAGUGGCUAUCCUACAUUGAACAGUUGUCUAACGCAGUUGAGAUUGCCGAGAGCCGAUGUGAGAAGGAACUUGUGUUCUUCCAAAAGAUCAUCCCGAGGGCUUCGGAAGUUCUCUCGAUUAUCAGUUAUGUCAUUUAUUUAGUCGCGCGUCUUCUAACCAUGGUCUUACUUUUCACCACCUUGAGAUCGGCCCCGGUAAAGGUUUACCAAACGGUUACAUGGCUAAGAUAUUGA